UUGUUUUUCUUUCGCAAAGGUUUUGGGAAAACCGGGUGGAGAAACCGCGAGAUGGCGUUUUUUCAGCGCUAUAUUAACGCGCGUUUAGCACGCAUGUUCAAUCUGAAUAAACAAACAUUUGUAUUUGCCGGACUUUUUGUUUCUGUUUUACAUCAGGUGUUUACUAUGGGCAACGGGGGAAGUGGCGGUAGCGGUGGCGGCGGUGGAGGCGGCGGUGGUGGAAUGUUUGGAGGAGGAUCCGGUGGGGGCGGCGGCAGUUGGGCGUGGCCGACGGACCGACAGCGUCCCGACUCACUUCCGGUUACGUCAUUUUCGGUUACGUCUGUUGGAGGGAGGGAGCCAUACUCUAUUACACUAGGGUUUCUCCUGGCCAACGAUGACAAAAACUAUCCUACAUAGCAACGGUGUUUUUCAGCUGUCAUGGUAACAACCACGCGUGAAUGAAUUGUAUGCAUUCGUUUUUAUGUUUGAAUGUGUGCGUGGUUAUUGCGAACUGUAUGUUGUAUAGACGAUCAGAUUUGCAUCGAUCUGAACAAAUAUGUGCGUUGAAUACAGUUAUUAUUAAAGGCGUACAUACUUUGUUUGAAGUACAUGUAUCAUCAUGUAUCAUCAUUUAUCAUCAUUUAUCAUCAUUUAUCAUCAUUUAUCAUCAUUUAUCAUUCAUCAUUGUACUAGCAGCAUUUUGUCAUUAAAUAAAAUGAAAAGAAAAA